AUGGUCAUGGCUACCAAGUACUCCAUGAUCAUGGCUACCAAUUUGGAGUCUUAUUACCAUAUGUGUCAACUUACACAUCCUUUUUUAAAAGCUUCUGGAGCUGGAAACAUUGUUUUGAUUUCAUCUGUUGCAGGUCUUGUUCACGUUUCUGUUGGGUUUGUUUAUAGUGUCACCAAAGGUAUGGUUUGUUUGGCUCCAUAUUUUAUAUCUGAUUUCAUCUGGAAACAACUAGCUAUUGUAUCUAUUCAGACUAGGCUUAGAGCAAUGGUUGCAAGAGAUGAGUUCAGAAGAAGAAGAAACACGGUUGCAACUAUAGUUCAGGUACUAUGGAUGAAUUAUGUUUGUAAAGUAUUUAAGAAAAUGAUUAGAAACAAGGGUGAAUUUGUACAGAUUAGUUAG